CAAAUUGGACAUUGUCCAAACCACGUACAAGGUUACAUGCGAAAAGCCAGUAUCUUCGGUUAUUUCGCAUCGUUCCUUGUUAGAUAUUAGAAAAAUCUGCACGAAAUAUUGAGUGAAUAAACGCGAGAAACACGAAUAUGUGCAUCCGUUUUGUCACGUCGUGCAUUAGGAUGCAAUCAAAAAGCAAAAACGAGGAGGAAGUUCAGCGAUAACGCGUAUUAAAACAAUGAAAUUUGAGUGAUAUAAAUAAAUGCAAAGUAGUUAAUGCGAACUUAAAGUCUACCUCGAUCUAAAUAAAGCAGAGGUGGGCGACAAACCAAAAUUCCCGCUUGGCAAAUUCAUUCUUCGACUGACUGAGCCUCGGGUAACUCAAAAGCUCAGCAGUCAUUUUUCGAACGAACGACUACGAUUGUAAAACAAAACGAUAUUCGAAUAUCACUCGUCGCUGAUUAUUUUUCUUUUUUUAUUAUACCACUCUCCGUUGUAUAUUUUCUUUGAAUUUUUUUAAACGACAUCGGUGUGGUACUUGGACGAAAAUGGCCUACUUAGAUCAAAGAGAAAUUGCCAAUUUUCUCGCACAGGAGUUAUUUUAUCAGCAGUUUAUAACUCUAGAAGGCAUAAAUUCGGGAGUACCAACUCGAACAACCCCCACGUUAACUCCGACAACUCUUCGAAGCAUCGAGCAAACCUUUAUUGAGUUGCAGUCGAAGCCGGAAUCUCACGAAAACGAAGCCGGUUUUGUGCCACCUUUGGUGCAUUCAAUAGGAAAUAAUCAGUACAUCUCAGCAUCGGAUGCUGAUAUUUACUCGUCAAAGUCACAAACCAUGUGGCAAAAUUCACUAUCACAAUCCAGUUCUGAUUCUAACACAAGGUCGACGCCACCCCUGACCCAAAAAACUAGUCUAAUUAACAAUACACCGAAUCAAACGAGGCGUAACAUGGGUGGUCGAAAACCAACGAAGGAUCUCAAUAUUAGUCCAGAAGAAGAGGAACGAAGACGAAUUCGAAGGGAACGUAACAAAGCAGCAGCGGCGCGUUGUAGGAAACGUAGAGUGGAUCACACGAAUGCACUGAUCCUAGAAACUGAAGAAUUGGAACAGAAGAAACAAGCGCUUCAAGACGACAUACAGCAACUGCAGGCUUUGAAGGAUGAACUGGAUUACAUUCUCGAGUCGCAUCGCUCGUCUUUGAAUUGUCGGCUCCAUUCCCAGAGUCCUCCGGACAUCAAACCUUUUCCUCCGUACGAGAACAGAGUCAACGGGGACAGGGUUAAAGCUGAAACUUUACCUACUACAGUUGCAGAUGACGAUACGUUUUCUUUACCUUCGCCCGCCAAAAAAGUGAUGUUGAGUUCCGCCGUUCCGAUCUCGAAACCUAGCAGACCGAAUUCUUUGAAUGUGAUGUCUACAGCGCCUAUAGGCAAAAAUAAUAAUGUUAGCGAUUUAACGGGUAUACCUAUUACGACCCCAUCGACAGGCAUGCAGUUUAAUUUCGAUUCGUUGAUGGUGGGUGGUACCGGGCUUACCCCAGUCUCAGCUCCUUUGGUGCCUUCAUGUAGCACGCAGCAGAGGAACAUCCCUGCGAAUGCUGCAGAUAUGACGUCACCUGAUGCGUGCGGACCUCCGAAACUUGUUAGUUUAUAAAAGAAGGAAGUGUAGCCCGAAACUGUGUUAUGUGAAAAAAUAUUCAUACUGUUGUAUUAUUUUAUAGUUAUUAAACAUACAAAUUUAUUUAUUAAUAUUUUAUGACUUUUUUUCACAUAAGCAUUUUUGAGCUACAAUUUCGUAUUAAAGAAGCCAAGAGAUCAACGUUGUUGGACGAGCUCAUUUUUAGCUAAACAAAAUUUUUUUGGUAUAAUUUGACUGCCGCAAUUUUUGAUGUGUCCAACAUUUACCAACCAUGUUUAGUAUUCUUGAAACCAAACCAAAAAUAUUUAUUACUAAUUUAUUAGUAAUGUCCUAGUGUCAUUUCAUUAUUUAUUGUUAUAUUUUAAAAUAGUCAUUUGUAUAUAACUUACUAUACUAAACAUGGACCAAAAUGUCAAAGUGCUCAAGCUAUUUUGCUAUGCUAAAUGCAGAUUUAUUUUUUGCUACCAAGAAAUGCCUUUUUUGUAAUGAAAAAAAAUCUGUAUAUUUUCACUUAACGCAAAGUUAUUCCCUCCAUACAUUUUUAUAUGAUAGAUAUAAGGUUAAUGUUAUAUUUUUGCAAUAGGAGUGCUCCUAUUCCAAUAAGCGAAUUUGUGUUAUUACUAUUAAGUAUAUAAUUAAUAUAUAUUGAGAAUACUUUUAACAAAUAGGACUAUGAGCAAUACUGUGGUUACAAUAUUUGUAAUCACCUGUCAAUUUUAUAUAGAGUUUGUCAGAUUUUUGUAUUUAUUUUAUGCAAUGCCAAUUAAGAAAUAAAUUUUAUCUUUUAAA